AUGAGCAAUUUUGAGCCUUUUCAGAGUGACCUGGGCAAUGUUUCUUCUGCUUCUGUGUGGCUUGGCCUUCCUGCGGAUGACCUCGAUGCAGAUGUCCCUUGCGUCGAGGUUGAGCAGGCCCGAAGUGAUGUGGCCAUGCCACCGUCGGAGGCGGGACCGGCUGCGGAGUCGGCUCGGGAGCCGACUCCGGAGCCAGCGGGUCCAGCCGCCGAAGUCAGCCAGGAGCACAUGGAUGGGGAGUGUGAGCCGUGCGUUUUCUUUACCUCCAAGAGAGGUUGCGCAACGGGCAGUCUUUGUGCCUACUGCCAUUUGGAGCAUCCCGUGCGGUCAGCACCUCGUCCAAGGAAACAGACCCGAGAUAAGAUCAAAGAAAGGAUUGAAGAGAUUUUCAUUGCUGGAGGUCCAGACAUGCAGGCUCAGCUGCAGGCAGAAGCCAAAUUGCAAGCCUAUGCCUGGAGCAUUAUCCAGGGCUAUCUUGACAGUGAAACUGUGCCGAGAUGGAAUCCGGAGGCCCAUGAGCAAUUCAUGCUCAUGCAGCAGAGACAUAAGCUCCAGAAGGAUACACAGUUGGAGGUGAGAAAUACCAAGUACAACAUGAGCCGGAUCCAAGAAAGUUGGCUCAAGAUUAUGCGCUCGGCCAAAACGAAGCAGCUGAAAAAGCAGGUAGAGAUCAUCUCCCAGAACCACGAGCGAGAUGUCGACCGAAAGGAUGCGAUCCUGCAAAUGUUGGAUCGAGAUCUGGAUGAGGCUGAGGAGCAGCAUCAAGUUGCGGUGAGAAGCCACUUGCUCAAUGUGGACCGAUUACAUGAGAUUCAGCAGAGCAGGCUUCUAGCUUUGGACGAGAAGUUCAAGCGAGACGUCGCAACCCUUCAAGAGGAGUUCAGAAUUGAACGAGAACACAUCCAGGAAAGGCAUGCUCUCGAGAAACGCGAGCUUGCCUUGAUUGUUGAACAAGUUGAGCGCGAGGAGAAGAACCGAGAAAUGGCUGACAUUACAGAUCACCAGUCUCAGUUCGAGCUCAUUCGCAACAAGAACAUUGAGGAAGACCAUCAGAUGCGCUCGGGCCUGGAAGAGCAGAUAGAAGAGACUCGUGCCAGGCCCCUCCGCUCCCCAACAACUGGUGCCUCUGAGGACUUGGCGUGCCAUGUGAUCGGCCUUGGCCUUCGCUCCUUCUCUUGUGGCCUCACCGUGGGACUUCUGACGGCCUCCACCGUCGUGAAGAUUCGCAGAAUCUUGCGCAAGAAGAAGGAUGCGGGUGGGAGCUCCUUGGGGCAUCACCUGGCAUUCGUUGCCAGAGGCUCUGAAACCCUGGAUCCAAAGGCCAAGGCGGCAUCAGCAAAGAUUACUGCCGCCGUGCAAGCGGGAAUGAAGGAGUUUUCCUCCAGUGGCGACUUCGCAGCCGUUGGCCGGGGCGUCGCCGCGCUGCGGCGGCGGUUGGUGGCGCGGGCGGCGGAGGAGAUACGCGAGGGCGAGGUGGACGUGGAGGUGGUGGCGGAACUGCUGGUGGACGCCGUGUUGGCUCGGGCCUUCCGAGGGGGUGAGAAGAGCCUCUACUCCGAACUCUGGGUCUUAGAUGAUGGCCGAGCCACUGUGGAGAGCAUCAGAAGUGACAAGAUGGCUGAAAGUCAACCUGAUGGCAAUGUGACGCUCACAGACAUCGUCGUGGAUGAACGCCCACGUGAUAAGUGUGAAGACUACAGGCCUUUGUUCACUCUUGUUCAGCCGCACUUAUUCACUCGCCCAACCUUCCUGGCAUUGCUGGAUGUAUUUGAGGUCUUCCACAGCAGAGGCCCAAGCAGGAAGGACUACACACCUCUCGAACGGCAAAAGAUCGAGAAACUCCUUGAUGUGGUUGAGCUCAUGCCAGUGAUGCGACGCGCCCGCACAGAAGCGGAGAAAUACGAAGCCAGUCUUCGCAGUGAUGUCCAGUGGCGGGAGCAACUGUGGCACAUCUGGUUCCAGCGACAUCCCAGCUCGCCCAGGUGUGGCUUCGAGCAUGUCUUCAUUGGCGAGGCCACGGAAGAUUUGAAUGGGCGAGAGCUGGUGGGCGGUUUGCACAACUGGGUGAAGUUCUAUUUGGAGGAGCAACGUGGAGCUGCGCGCUACUUGGGGCCUCGCUACAAGGGGAUUGGAAAAGAAGAAGCUGCGUUGAAUCCCUACUUCGUGAGUGGGAAGUUCACCUGGGAUCUGAAUGGAAAGCACUUGAUCAAGGAUGUGGGGGGAUUUUUCGUGGGUGUCUCUCCUGAGUGGCAACUGGCCAUUGCCACCGUGGCCUACUUUGAAACGAAAUUCUCCGAUUGGGCCACUGCACGCAAGUGGAGUCAGGACUUCCAAUCGAGGGACAUUGGCUACGUGCGGUCUGCAAGGUUAGGAGAGCAUGUGUACAAGCUGUGCAUUCGACGGAACACCUUCGGGAACUUGACGACCUUCUUCGCGGCGCAGCUCGGCACCUGGGAUGCCCACGCCCGCGCGCAGCUGGAUCAGCCGAUGUCACGGGAGCUCUUAGAGGAGCGCUUGCAGCCGCUGCUGGUGCUCCAUGGCUUUGCGGACGACGCGGCGUUGCUCACCCUGGCGGCGCGCGUGGCGGCCGCCGGCGCCGAGAACUUGCGGGACGCCUUGCGGCAUUUGCACUCGGAGAUCCGCUUCCGCUUCGAGGAAGAAGACCUGCCAGAUGAGAUGCCUUUGGUGGUUGCGGAGCUGCUGCAGCUGCUGGAUGAAGAUCGACUCGGGAGCUUGACCUGGGACGAGCUCAAAGAGCAUUUUGCACGAACGGGGCUCAAGGGCAAGAAACUUCUGCUGCCAGUGCGAUUGGCUCUCACCGGACGGCAGAGAGGACAUAGUUUGUCGGAGCUCUUGCCUUUGUUUGGUCUCAUGGAGCUGGGUGCUCCCUGGAGCUCCGAGAUCCUUCCGCUCCGUCAGCGCUUGGGAGUCUGGCGGAGUUGGUUGGAGCGUGAAGCGCGGACACCGUCGACCUCCACGAGCUCCACGUGGCCAAUAGCAAGGAGAGGAACAGCUGGGUUGUGUGCAGUGCAGGAAUACCUCAAGCGAGACUCCUUCCUGAGUGACCAGGUGGAGAAGCGGUUGAGGCAAGUGGAGCGUAUGCAGGCUGCUAUCCAGCACUGGAAGCAAAAGAUUGCACAGAAUCGCCAAGAAUGUGAGGACCGCAAUCAGCAACUGCGAACUGAGAAGGACCACAUUGCGAAGCAUUUUCAGGAGCUGAAAGCGAAGAUGAAUCACUUCAGAAGUGAGGGUAAGAAGCGCUUGGCUGACCUCACCAUGAAUGCCAGGAACUGCAUGAAGUCGCUCAACGACCAGCUGGGUUUGGCCGAGCGGAUCCUGAAAACUGCGGAGCUGUGCAGGAAAUUUGAAACAGAGCGAGAGAAGGUGCUUCCGUUCUACCUCUCUCGUGACAUCCUUCAAGAAUUUGAGGAAGGUGAGCUCGAGUUCGGAGAUGAGGACCUCAAAGAGGAGAUCCGAAAAGAGCUCACCGAUGUCGGCAUCGACGAGUGGACCUAUUUGGACAACUUCUUUAAACGCUUCAACAAGGUGAAGCUGGAUCUCCAUGCAGUCGAACAGGAGGGAAAACGUCUCACCAAGGAGAAUGUACAGCUGCGCUCCAUUCUGAAACAAUUCUUGGAUGGUGUCAGCGUCAACGAGGAUGUGCUGUCAGCCCCAAAUCCACUGCUCGUGGUGAACGGCAAGGUGAACCUCAACCACGUCCCCGUGAAGCGCAUGGCCGACAAGACGGUGUAUGUUGAGGCGGCCCAUCAUGCAGCGAACACCGUGGUCAGGCACUGA